AUGGAACCCGUCAUUGGAACGAAGAUGCAAUAUGAUCCUGAGCAUUUAAGUGCGUUCAGAGCCGGGGCAUACGCUUUGAAUGGUCCGGAUGGGCCCAUCUCUCCCUCAGACUGGAAUGACAAAAUCUAUCCUGGCUGUGUGGUAGAGCUCAGGCUCAAAGGAUCCAAGGAGAAUUUGAAGCUCGUUAGUCCUCGUCAUGCCAGGCGUGGUCCUAGAUCUCAGUCUCGUGCCCGGGCCUCCUCAGGUGCGGCGGACCAGCCAUUUACGCCAGCCCCUCUAAGAAGAGUUGACACGGACCAUCAAAUUGAGCUUCCGGGAUUCGCUGCACCUAGAAACUCUGCUGAUCCUGAUUCUUGUCAGACCUCCGAAGAACAUGACGAGGCUGGCAUUAUUCAAUGCCCUGACGGGACUACGACAGCGCUCAUUCCGACAUCAGGGGCAACACCACCUUUUUGUCGUCAAUCCCCAGCGUCACGAUCUCCAGGCAACCAUCUUUUCUCUUUUGACACCUUUCUGGAGCCAUCUGGUCAUGAUACAGAGCCAAAUCCUGCCGAAGAGCAUGACCAGCAUCCUGACACAUACCAAAAGCCCGUUCGAAGGGCCACCGACCUGCAGAGCUUUGUCGAAGAUAUGAAUGAAGAUUCGUCCACAGAGAAAGGCUCUUUGGCUAGUAUGACGGCCAUCGUAUCCCCUGUUGAAGAUCUUGAUCUCGGACUACGUGAAAGCGCCGACAAACAAAGUUUAAGUAGCUCGUUAGGUCCCGACCAACCUACAAAAGAGUCCAGAAACCACCCUAACUUGAGGCAGCGGGCCUCGAGCUCUCGUUCUUUGAGCAUAAGCAAAGGAAUAAGCUCAGCGGAUGCUGAUGCCAAUAUUGACAAGCCAUAUCCCGAAAGAGAUCACAUGGCGUUUGAUUCACCUCGACCUAUGGAAAAUGCGAACGACUCUAUCGGUAUGGCAUCUUUGAACCAAAUGAAUGAUUCUUAUGAGGAGGAAGCCACAGUUGCGCAGCCCUCCAGUGAAACGAAAAUGUCGCCUCUGUGCCCGAUUUUUGCUUGGAAACUUGAAGCAACCGACGGCUUGCCAUCCACCCCAUCAGAAAAAAGCGAGCCACUUUCAAAUCAGCACAGAGACAUGGACAGAACGAUCCGUGCAAUCCUGGAAGAGAGAGAUGCAGAGGCAAAUAUUUACUUUCUACGUCAUAGGCGAGAGAGUGACCUUAUCGGUAGUCUCUCCGAAUGCUCAAGGAACGAAAUUUUGAGGCGGAUGAAAAUGAUCUGCCACGCCCAGAAACGCGCUUCGGAUGCUCAGUACCCGGUCAAGAAGAGGCCUGAGUGGGAAAAGAUUCAAAAUGUCAUCAGUGAGGCGAUUGAAAUUCUAGAUGCUUUUGUACCUGUGCACUAUCAGAAUCUGCAUCAGUAUUGGCUGAUCAUGAAGUUUUAUGGUGCAUUGCUCACAUUGCUCACGAAGGAGGUGAGUCACUUCGACUACCAAGAGUCUUCAUUUCAGCUAACUCAGUCAUCAGUACUCUGGAGCCUAUCUCGAUUUCAUCGGACAAGACAUGUCCUACUUUUGCAAAAACAUCAGGCAGAUCCAUGCCGGGAUCACUCGAGGCGGAAAGGAAGGAUCAACGAUUUUCUACCUCCCCAAAGCUCUGGUAGAGGCCUUUAA